AUGUGUGUCUUAGAAAACCAGAGAAGUGAUAAAGAUCUUUUUGUCGGCAUUACAACAAGAAUGCAACUUAACAAGUGUCUUGCAGAUGGUGACAUUUCUGACCAACAAGCUAAAAAGUUCUACACUGCUGUACGCCAAUUUUAUAUUGCAGCAGCCAAGUAUAUGUUGAAAAAUCUUCCAUUAGGUGAUGAAACAUUGAAGAAUGCACAAUUUGUCAACUGGGAGAAGAGAGUCUCUGGCAGUUUUGAACAAGUCGCAUAUUUUGCGCAAAGGUAAGUCUCUACUUCAAUUACCAAUAAGUCAAAUAUCGAAUAAUGUUAAGGUACAUUGAUGUACAGUAAUAUAUGGUGCCAGCAGAACGUUCACGGAGUUGAGAGCUAUGAAAGUUUGGUGAAACUGACAUGUACAAGGUGUAAACUUUGGCUAAACAAAUAUAUCUCAUUUUAGGUAUCAACAUAUCUUCAACUUUAAUGCAAGACAACAUGAAAUCCUGUAUGAUGAGUUUAUUGAUUAUCAGAUGAUGAAUGACACUGACCUACCUAAGCAAGUUAAAGAGGCUGCCACUUUACGACUUGAUGAAGAUGACGAAAUUGACAGCCUUCGUAUGGAUGUUAUAUGGGGUUAUUUAGGGAAUUUGAAAGUUAGUGGUUAUCCAAGAUUCCAGCAUCUUAGUAAAGUAGCUCAGUUGGUGUUAGUACUGCCCCAUAGCAAUGCAGAGGAGGAAAGAGCAUUUAGUCUUGUCAGAAAGAACAAAACAUGCUUCAGAGGAAACCUGGACAUAAACAGAACCCUUAGUGCUAUCAUGACCAUAAAAAUGAAUUCCACUGCCCCAUGUUUUGAGUACAAGCCAACAGAUGAAGUAGUAAAGAACUCCAAGAAAGUUGCUUGGCAGUUCAACAAGUCACAUAUGUCAAAAAACAAGUAA